AUGGUUAAGGACUUCUUGAAGGUCUUCAUGGAUGAUUUCUCUGUUGUUGAUGAUUCAUUUAAUGAGUGUAUUGACCACUUGGGUCGAGUGAUGAAGAGGUGUGAAGAAACUAACCUUGUUCUUAAUUGGGAGAAAUGCCACUUUAUAGUGAAGGAAGGGAUUGUACUUGGCCACAAAAUUUCUGAAAAAGUUAUUGAGGUUGAUCAAGCAAAGAUUGAUGUCAUUGCUAAGCUUCCUCCACCCAUCUCUGUCAAGGGUGUUCAUAGCUUCUUGGGACAUGCUGGUUUCUAUCGGUGGUUCAUUAAAGAUUUCUCAAGAUUGUUAAUCCCAUGUGCAAGCUUCUUGAAAAGGAACCUAAAUUCCCAUUUGAUGACAAGUCUUAUGUGUGAUGCAAGUGGUUUUGCCAUUGGAGCGGUGCUUGGUCAGAGGCACAAUAAGAUCAUGCCCCUGAUUUACUAUGCAAGAAAAACACUGAAUGGGGCGCAGAUGAAUUAUACUGUAACUAAGAAAGAAGUGCUUGCUAUAGUCUAUGCAUUUGAGAAGUUUCGGGCUUAUUUGUUAAGGUCCAAAGUGGUUGUGUAUACUGAUCACGCGGCAUUGAGGUAUUUGAUAGUGAAUAAAGAUGCAAAGCCAGGGUUGAGUCGAUGGUUCCUCUUGCUACAGGAAUUUGUCUUCGAGGUCAAAGAUCGGAAAGGGUCAGAAAAUCAGUUUGCUAAUCAUCUAUCACGGCUUGAGGAAGCUGGGCGACAAUUAGGAGAUCUUGAUAUUGAUGAUGCAUUUCCAAAUGAGAGGCUUUUAGCGGUGUCUUGUGAUGUAGCGCCGUGUUAUGGACUACGUCUCCAAAUAGGUAGAAGCAAUGGUUUACCCAAUAAUGAAGCCAAAAGUGUUAUGGGUUUUCUGAAGAAAAACAUCUUUACUCAUUUCGGCAUCUCGAAGGCAAUCAUAAGUGAUGGUUGUUCACAUUUUUACAAUAGAGCCUUCGCGGGACUGCUAGAGAAGUAUGGUGUAAAGCAUAGAGUGUCUACCACGUAUCAUCCUUUGACUAAUGGCCAGGUGGAAGUCUCUAAUCGGGAGAUAAAAAGUAUUUUGGCCAAGACGGUCAUUGCAAAUAGGACUGAUUGGUUCCGAAAGCUUGAUGAUGCUCUUUGGGCGUUCAAUUUGACAGUCGAACUUGAACACAAGGGCAUAUGGGCAUUGAAGAAACUAAAUAUGGAUUGGAAAAAGGCAACCAAGCUUCGGUUGUUUCAACUUAAUGAGAUGGAUGGAUUCUGUUAUCCUCCUAGAAAGUAUAUCCCGAUUUUGGUCCGAGACUUCUAUGCUUCCUACGUUGCUGAGAUAAACAACACAUAUAAGCCUGGCCAGCUAAAAAAUAAGAAACAUGCGCCACUUGAAGAGGCAACGGUCCGAGGUUUGAAAAUUGACUUCUCCGGCCGAGCUGUCAACCGUUUCUACUUUGGUGAUGAGUAUGUGCCACCUACAAACACCGAUGAGCUUGAAUAUAGAUUAAGUGAUAGCAGAAAAGACAAGGAUGAGGACCUUCAUGCCAGGGAGCUUACGGUGCCACCUCCAGUGACGUUGGCACAGCCUCCUUCCAAAACACAUCAUCAGGAGAGGGGCCUACCCAAGACUUCUUAA